AUGUCCACAGAAUACAAAUUUCUAAAGAGCAAAACAGUUGGACUUAUCGGUUGUCCAUUCAGUGGUGGUCAAUCAAAAAACGGAGUUCAAAAUGGCCCGGUAAGACUUGUAGAAUACGGAUUAAUCGAACAACUGGCAGAAAUGAACUGGAAGGUUGAAUUCAGUAAUCAAGACCACUUACAAUCACUAGAACCGAAAGAUGAUCCGGAUAUUGGUAAGCUAAAGAGACCUCGCUACGUUUCUGAGGUAACAAGAAACGUCGCGCAAGUUGUCCAAGAUCAUGUAAAAAAAGGGAAUUUAGCACUCACCUUGGGUGGUGAUCAUAGUCUCGCUAUGGGUACCGUAUUUGGUACAUUCUCUGUACAUCCGGACGCGGUUCUUAUUUGGAUUGACGCUCAUGCUGAUAUUAACACACCAGAAACAACCGAAUCAGGAAACAUUCACGGUUGCCCAGUAUCAUUUCUAAUGGGCAUUGCCGGAAACGUACCCGGCUUUGAGUGGUUAAAACCAGUAUUGAAAUCGGAUAGAUUAGUUUAUAUUGGUCUUCGAGACAUUGAUCAACCGGAAAAAAACAUCUUAAGAGAACACAAAAUCGCAGCAUAUUCUAUGCAUGAAGUUGAUAAAUAUGGUAUUGGUAAAGUGGUGGAAAUGGCUUUGGAUCGUGUUAAUCCAAAACGUGACCGUCCGAUUCAUCUUAGUUUUGAUGUUGAUGCCUUGGAUCCUAGUGUCGCUCCCAGUACAGGCACACCUGUUCGUGGGGGUCUUACAUUCCGAGAAGGUCAUUACAUAUGUGAAGCGAUUCACGAAACUGGUUUAUUGGUAGCAGUCGAUUUAAUGGAAGUAAAUCCAUCAUUAGAUGACAUAGAUGACGUGAGCGUAUUUGAAACAGUCACUGUUGGGUGUUCUUUAGUGCGUUGUGCAUUAGGGGAAACUCUAUUGUAA